CCAGGCAUAAACACAAUCCCCUCAAGCAUUCCUAAUAUUUGUUGCACCCUCAUAUAAAAUCUUUCGAUUUAGUAAUCAUUCUCUCAUCGCACGAACAAAACAUUUUUCUGCUUUAUAACCUGCUGUAAUAGCCGGAACACCCCCUUAAAAAGGAUGUUACGAAGCGCCAACACCGGCACCAUCCUGUGUGAGGAGCAAUCGAAAUUUAUCCUGGAUCGAAUCAGCUCCGUCGAGAAGCAUUUCAGUGAGCUUUGCGGAGCGUUCGCCGAGUUCACCCGGAAGAUUGCUCGCCUGCGGGACAAAUCGGACGAGCUGGCCCAUGUGACGCAGGAUUACUCCUCUUCGGAAAAGUACAACAAAACCCUGGCCAGUGGCCUGUCCAGUCUGUCGAAAGCCAUCACGCUAAUCGGCGAUUUUCAGGAUCUGGAAGUAAAACGCCUGGAGAACCGAAUUGUUUCCGAGCUGUCUCAGUACGAGAUUGUGUGCAAGCACUGCAAGGAGAGCGUCAAGGAUGCCAUCAUGGUGCGAGACAAGGAACUGGCCAAACGGAAACAGCUGGACCAGGCUAGGGCACGGAAUGCAAGGGGCAAAAAGACGGCCAAGGAUGCCGAGCUUAUCAAGUCCAAUCUGGAGGUAUCGAAGAGUUUGAAGGAAAUGGAGGAGAUUGUGGGCAAGUUCGAGAGACAGAAACUGAUCGAUUUCAAGAGUUUGCUGUUGGAUUUCGUGAUGAUUGAGCUGAAGUUCCACACCAAUGCGGUGGAGGUGCUGUCCGCAACGUAUCAGGACAUUUCCGAAAUCGACGAGAACAAGGAUUAUCAGGGAGUCCACAAAGAAAUCAAAAGGCAAAACAGGCAAUUUAAAAAAUUCCUCCAACAAGACGAACUAUCCGACCGAUACUUCCUGCAGCGCAUCAAAUCCCAAUCGAUGGGUGCGUUAAGUUCGAUGUUUGCGGCCACCGGCACAAACAGGAAGCACAAGAGUCUUAGUUCCAACUCGCUGAACUCUUCCCAAGAGCAAGAACCAUCGCCGGAAGCGGAAGCAACCCAUCUCACGCCGGAUCCCGUGCAGAUGCUGGCCGUGAAGCGGAAGGGCGGUCAACGUCACGGUUCAACUCUCGAUACCGCUAGGCGAUCAAUAGAAUCAUUGGAUUCCCUGAAGCGAGACCUCUCAGAGGAUUCCAAAACGAGCACCGAAGAUAGCGACGACGACAGUGACGACGACGAGAGCGAAACGGGAACAGAUUUUGACGAGCAAGCACCGCAGAAGCAACCGACAAAGGUGACCAAGGUUGAUUCAAAGUUUACCAUUAUUAAACUGAAAGAUUGAAAUUGCCAUUGAAAGGCACGAAAUAAAUGACCUACUCUAUACUCCCUUCUCGCAGACCAAGUCUCAAGAUUAUUUCGAGAAAGCCCUUAUCGAUCAAACUAACCGCAACCAGAGGACAACUUUCGUUAUUAAAUCGAUCAACGGAAUCGUUCGGAACAUGAAGCUAUGAGACAGCCCGCCAACCGGAGAGUUAUUACUGCGUGCUCUAUAUUUAAAUUUGUAUCCUUGCUUUUUGGCUUACUUCGUACCGAUUGUUUGAUUGUGUGAUCUCUUCCUCCCUUCGUUUUUUGUAUAAGGUGGAUUCAAUAAAACUAAUGGAUGAAUUUUGUCGAUAAUGCCAUGACUCCCAAUCAUACCCGCGGUGUGUCUAAAAGCUUUACUGACGAAAUAAAAUAACCAUCAAUUCUGCACUCACCAUUCGAAAGAUAUGGUAUCCAAGCAUACUCUUCGUAGAUUCUAACAUUUUCACAAGUUACAGCGAUUUGAAGAUUUCAAAACCAUUUUCAAGGGAUAUUUACAUGUUUGAUAAAAAAAAAAUCCCACACGCUAUCAUAAAUAUUAUUUAUUAAUUUAUCAUCAGGUCACAUUCAACAAUAAAAAUGUGGUAUCUAAACAUCUCCCUUGUGUUUUUGAAGACAUUCCGUUUGUGGAAUCAUUAAAUUAUCAUGGUUAUUUUGAUUCCGUCAACGAAAUGUCUUCAAUUUACAAGGAAGAUGCUAAGAUACCACAACUUUUGAAUGUGAACUUGAUGGUUUGAUUAAUUCUGAAAAAAUAAAUGAU